UCAUUUCAAAUUUCUGCCUUCGAACUAGCAGACGAAGAGUUCGGUAAAACAAUUCUUUAUGUUAUGAUAGAGUAACAUUUAGUUGAAGACGUUUUCCACCUGUGACCGAGUUUUGUUGUUGUUCCGAGAAUAAAUCGUUUUCAAAUUAAUGAUUCAAACGUUCUAAUUUGGUUCAAGUUCAGGGAAACGAUCAAUACUCAGCAAAAUAUUAGUUUCAUUAGAUAUUUUCCGCAUUUUAUUUAAAAAUACAAGAUUAUUUUUAAAUAGAUAAAGACUUUCAAUCCUUAAUAUGAUCGAUAUAAAUAAUUUCGAAUACUUGGAUAACAAACGAUUGUCCUUGAAACUUUUUCUGAAUUCCGAAUUGUAAAAUAAUUUUAUUUGUUUUUGUUUCCGAUCAGUAUCGGCAGCUGUUUUCUGCACGCAACAGAUAGUAUAGCGGUCAAAAAAUAAAGAUGACUCUGGAAAUAGAAAGUUAUGAGUCCCCUCCUGGGACAGAGAGGCAAUAUGUAGUGAAAGUUGAAGAUUUGGAGCGUUAUGUAAAGACCAUGUCCGAGUCUGGUGGAUUCAAGGAGCAGUUUGGGCUAUUGCGAUCAGGACCUCAGAAGCCAUGCAACGUGGGAAUGAAAAUAGAAAACAGACCGAAAAAUAGAUAUCCAGACUUAUUACCUUAUGAUGACUAUCGUGUUGUCUUGCGAAAAGUUAAAAACGAUCCUCAUUCUGACUACAUCAAUGCUAGCUAUAUUGAGAAUUACCAAAGAAGAACGAAUUAUAUUUGCACUCAAGGUCCCUUGGAAUCGACGAUAAGCGCUUUCUGGCGCAUGGUAUGGCAAGAAGAUAUUAAUGUCAUUUGCAUGACGUGUAAUGUCAUUGAAAGUGGAAAGAAAAAGUGUGAAAAGUACUGGCCUGACAAAAUGUUGAAAGUGGCUGAUCUCAUAAUUACUUUGCAGAGUGAAAAAGUGUUUUUAGAUUAUACCAUAAGGAAUUUUAAAAUUAUAAAAGUUGGCUCGUCAGGUCAUCGGAUCGUUCAUCAGUACCAAUACACAGCAUGGCCGGACCAUGAUGUUCCUUCCUAUCCCUUAGCUAUCUUGAAUAUGAUUAAGGAUAUCAAAAAGUUUCAAGAAGCCCAGCAAAAGAAGACACCGUGGUUACUACAUUGUAGUGCUGGAGUAGGACGUUCGGGUACAGUUAUGGUACUAGAUUCAGCUAUUGAAAUGUCCGUGGCCGAAGGAAAAAUUGAUGUCCUAGGUAUUCUUUAUCGGAUGAGGCAGCAAAGGAUGAAUAUCAUCCAGACAGUUGACCAAUACAUAUUCGUCUACAAAGCUUUAGUUGAAUAUCACUAUGGCGAUAAGUCUUGUAAGCCUGCAAAUGAAAUGGUUCUUUAUUUCAAUAAGCUGAGACAAGUUGAUGCAAAAACUAAGAAGACUGGAUUGGAUUCACAGUUUGAAAUUCUCAGAGGGUUGGACAAUCCACAUUUUCAUCACAAAUGCAUGUCUGCUAUCACGCCAAAUAACAAAAAUAAAAACAGGGAUCAUUACAUUAUCCCGCCGGAUGAUGGCCGACCACUUUUAAAAACUAGUCCUCCAUCAAAUUACAUUAAUGCCGUGUACGUUUAUCAUUACGGAAUACAAAACCAUUUCAUAACCACUCAAUAUCCUCUUCCAAAUACGCUGGCUGAUUUUUGGCAACUCGUAUGGGAUUCAGGCUCUUCAUCUGUAGUUGUAUUAAAUGAGUUCAACAACAAGGAUGAGAGCAGUCCAAUAUUUUGGCCACAAUCCGGUAGCGUUUACCAAGGCAGUAUAAAAAUUCAGCAUAUCAGUUCAGAACCUGAAUACUACGGUGGAGUUCUCAUAAGGAAGUUCAAUAUCAAAAAUCCAAAAGGAAAAUCACGUACUGUAAAAACAUUUCAUCUGCAUGGGUGGCGAAGAGAGGAGUUUGUUCCACCUCAAGUUGACACCAUUGUCCAACUUAUAGCUAAAGUGGACAAAUGGACAAGAAAAACCAAGCCUGCUCCUGUCAUUGUUUCAUGCUAUGAUGGCUCUAGAGCGUCCGGCUUUUACUGCGCUUCUUCAUAUUUGGCGGCCCAAAUUUAUGACACACGGGAAGUGAACGUCGUACAAGCCGUCCGAACAGUUAGACUUCACAGGCCUACUUUCCUACCCACUGUCGAACAAUACAGAUGGCUUUACGAGUUAUCCUGCUUUUUAGUAUCGGAAAAGAUUCUGAAAUAGUUCAGUCACUGUUUCUCGAAACCAUCGAUCAUUGAAGCAUGUGAAAUCGCCUAAAACCACCGACUGUUUUGUACACAAAUCAUGUUAAAAAUUUUAUCUUAGUAAAUGUGUUGCAUAAAUUUUAUGGAAUUAUUAAAA